GCAUGUGUUCCUGGCGGUUCUGACCGCUAACCAGAGCUGCCCGCUUAAUGCAUAGCUUGUAUUGCGUACGUACGAUUCGGAUGUAUGACGGUACCAGCACCGGCGUCGGUGGCAGCGUUUGGAUUAUCUCCUUUCGUGUUUUCAGCGGCGCACACUUGGCUUGCGCUAAUGGCCCGAAAAGGUAAUGUUCUGGACUACUGUCUCGCCUGCGUUACAGCGCCCACAUUCUAUGAGUCGGGUGGCUGAAUCCUGUGCUACAAUGCACGUGGAAGAACGUGCCAUGGGGUAUGAUCUAAGACGCUUGCUC